AAAAUACAUUGAAGACGUACUUAAAACGCGAGGUCUCCGGAAAAGUUUGAAUUUCUUGGAUCGAUUACAUACAUCUAUAUUGAGAAAAGCAAGGUUAACUUUGGAAAAAAAUGAUUGCGAAGGAUGUGAUAGUAGUGCGAAUGAAGAAUACGAAGGUGACAAAGAAUUACGACGGUAUGGUAUUUGGAGCUCUGAGGCGAAGCAAUUGAAUCUACCGUCAUACAGGGCAGCUUUUGUGUUUCUUUCGCGUGUGCCUCUGGAUGUCGUCCAUGAAUUUUUAAGGAUGAGACUGGAACAGAAGCCGGAGCAGCCAAGUCCAUUGUCAGUCCGACAGCUCAUGCGGGAGCUUCGCGAAGGUCUCAGGAUUGCUUGCAUUCAUCGCGAUCGAUUCGCUGCGCAUUCUCGUGCUGCUAUCGCCAGUGAUCAAACUUGUGAGAGUCUGUUUGAGGAGGACGUCAAGGACUUCGACGAGAGCUUGAGGGCUGUGUUCGAAGUGUACCUGGAUUAUCUUCAGCAGUGGGUAGACAUGGUACAACACGACAGCUUCCACAAAAAUCUAAUUAUGGAUGAGUGGUUGUUUGUCAAAUCCAUCGCUGGAAAUAUAAGUGAUGGAUACAAGAUUGCUGGUGUGAAAUUCUA